AUGCCUCUCGACGCCCAAGCUACAUCCAAGAUCAAGUCUAUUAUUGACAAUGCCUGUGCCGAUCAGACUACUGAUGUUCCCGGUACAACCAUUGUACUUGUCGAUCGCAAUGGUGAGAUAUUCGCUCACUCGGCAGGCACACGGGGCUUGGGCACCAAAGAGCCAAUGACUCUUGACAACAUCUUCUGGAUAGCCUCGUGCACAAAGAUGCUGGCAGGCAUCGCUUGUAUGCAGCUCGUCGAACAAGGAAAGCUUAAGCUCGAUGAUGGUGAACAUACAGAGAAUAUCUUGCCAGAGCUAAAAAGCCUCAAAGUUCUGAAACCUGAUGGAACCUUUGAAGACAAAAAGAAUCUAAUCACGUUGCGAAUGUUGUUGACACACACUGCUGGUUUUGGGUAUACAUUCUUCAAUGAACGACUUCGAGAUUGGACUCAACCAGCCGGUGUUGAUGAGUUCUCUGGAAGGAUCGAGGAUAUAAUCUCACUUCCUCUCCUCUUUCAACCUGGCGAAGGUUGGGAAUAUGGAACGGGUAUCGAUUGGGCCGGCAUUGCUGUCGAACGUGUCAGUGGCCUUAGUCUGAACAACUACCUGCAGAAACAUGUUUUCCAGCCCUUGGGCAUUACAAACAUGUCCAUGUUCCCUGAAGAAUCGAUGCGUUCCAAGCUAGCUUAUAUGCAUCAAAGAGAUCCAGACGGAAAGCUUCGCAUUCGGGACCACUUGCAACGCCUUCCCCUGGUCAUUGAUCCCAACAAUGAAUCUGAAAUUGCUUCAAUCUUUAACAGCGGUGGUGCUGGCAUGUUUGCACAACCGCAGCAGUAUGGAAAGGUGCUCACAAUGCUUCUCAACGGCGGAGCGUGCCCAAAGACAGGCAAUCGAGUUUUAAAACAAGAGACAAUCGAACUCAUGUUCAGCAACAGCAUCGAGAAGUUCCCCAACUUUUCUCGUCAAGUGAUUCCUGCCGCAAAGCCCGAUCUGACCAACCGUAUUGGAGAGCUGUACGGGGUCGAAGGCGAUCCUCCCCAGGGCUGGGGAUUGACUUUCAUGCUUACGAAUGGCGGCUCAACUGGGCGAUCGAAGAGCACCGUCCAGUGGGCAGGACUUGCGAAUCUUUGGUGGUGGGCAGAUCGCGAGCAUGGUGUUGCUGGGAUUUGUUGA